UUUUAUCCAUAUUAUAUUCUGUAGAUAGGUUCAAAGCAACGGUAAAACGAUGUAUUAAUAUAAAAUAAUCACACAAUUAAUAUUCAAUUGUUAAAAUUAAUUAUCAUGUUUUUCACGUCUUAUAAACAUUUCCAAUGUUUCGUUUUACUGAACAUCAUCGCGUCACUAACAUAUGCCGCAGUCGCCCCGAUUAAAGUAGAUUGUUGGUGGACAGGAUGCCAGUUGAACACUUGGAAAGUGGUCGGAUGCGAUCAGUACAAUCGAACGCAGCAAAACAUCAAAUAUUGUGAUGGUGGUUCGGAGUAUUACUGUUGUACGUCUGACCGUGACAAGGUGACGCCGCCAGUCGAUAACUGUUGGUGGACAGGAUGCCAGUUGAACACUUGGAAAGUGGUCGGAUGCAAUCAGUAUAACCGAAUACAGAAAAACGUUAAAAAUUGUUAUGGCGGUUCGGAGUAUUACUGUUGUACGGCGGGCCAAGAGAACAUGAAGCAGCCUGCCAAUGAAUGUUGGUGGACAGGAUGCCAGUUGAACACUUGGAAAGUGGUCGGUUGCGAUCAAUACAACCGAACGCAGCAAAACAUCAAAAAUUGCAACGGUGGUUCGGAGUAUUACUGUUGUACGACAGGCCAUGAGAACGUGAACGAUAAAGUGAAUGAGAUUGUGACACAGCCUGCCAAUGAUUGUUGGUGGACAGGGUGCCAGCUGAGCACGUGGCCCGUGGUCGGAUGUGAUCAGUACAACCGAAUACAGAAAAACGUCAAAAAUUGUAACGGCGGUUCGGAGUAUUACUGUUGUACGGCGGGACAAGAGAACUUGAACAUGAACGUGAACGUCAACAAUAAAGUGAAUGAGAACGUGAUGCAGCCUGCUAAUGACUGUUGGUGGACAGGGUGCCAGCCCAACACGUGGUUAGUGGUUGGAUGCAGUCAAUACAACCGAACGCAGCAAAACAUCAAAAAUUGUGACGGUGGUUCGGAGUAUUACUGUUGUACGACAGGCCAAGAGAACUUGAACGUGAACGUGAACGAGAAAGUGAAUGAGAACGUGAUGCAGCCUGCUAAUGACUGUUGGUGGACAGGGUGCCAGCCCUACACGUGGUUAGUGGUUGGAUGUAGUCAAUACAACCGAACGCAGCAAAACAUCAAAAAUUGUGACGGUGGUUCGGAGUAUUACUGUUGUACGACGGGCCAAGAGAACUUGAACGUGAACGUGAACGAUAAAGUGAACGAGAACGUGAUGCAGCCUGCCAAUGACUGUUGGUGGACAGGGUGCCAGCCCAAUACGUGGUUAGUGGUUGGAUGCAGUCAAUACAACCGAACGCAGAAAAACGUUAAAGAUUGUUAUGGUGGUUCAGAGUAUUACUGUUGCACGACGGGCCAAGAGAACUUGAACGUGAACGUGAACGAGAAAGUGAAUGAGAACGUGAUGCAGCCUGCUAAUGACUGUUGGUGGACAGGGUGCCAGCCCAACACGUGGUUAGUGGUUGGAUGCAGUCAGUACAACCGAACGCAACAAAACAUCAAAAAUUGUGACGGUGGUUCGGAGUAUUACUGUUGUACGACGGGCCAAGAGAACUUGAACGUGAACGUGAACGAGAAAGUGAACGAGAUCGUAACACAGCCUGCCAAUGACUGUUGGUGGACAGGGUGCCAGCCCAAUACGUGGUUAGUGGUUGGAUGCAGCCAAUACAACCGAACGCAGAAAAACGUUAAAGAUUGUAAUGGAGGUUCAGAAUAUUACUGUUGCACGACGGGCCAAGAGAACUUGAACGUGAACGUGAACGAUAAAGUGAACGAGAACUUGAACGUGAACGUGAACGAUAAAGUGAACGAGAACGUGAUGCAGCCUGAAGAUGACUGUUGGUGGACAGAGUGUCAACUGAACAGCUGGGAGGUCAGGGUCUGUGACAGCUACAAUAGAACCGAAAGGGAGCGGACAGCGUGCGAGUUGGGAGGGCUUAAGUAUGAAUGUUGUGCUCGUCGUGAAAUUGAUAAUAUCGAUGUCCGUGGUGGCUUUUUUGAAGAUAACUGUUUAUGGUCGAGAUGUCAACCGAAGGAGAUGAGUGGUCGUGGUUGUCCGUCGAACACUGUUCAAAUGGGUUUGCACCCAUGUCCCAACGGUGAUCUGUUCCACUGCUGUUCGGAAAGCAUUUCCGUCGAUGUCAAUGGGUAGUUGCCUAUAAUAUAUUACUAUAAUAUUAUAAGUGUAGAACGUAUAUAGAGUUUAAUGCAUCGAAAAACGUAUAUAUGAAGUACGAAUUCACUUCAUUAGCUCAAAAUAUGCAAAAUUAUGUAAAAUUAACUUGAUAAAACUAAUUCAUAAUUAUUUGUAAAUGGUAUUAUUAUAGAUACCGAUCAAUAAAUAAUAUUCUUAUGCUGGAAUUUAUAUAAAAUCAAUUAUUUAAAUGGUGUUAAAAUUAUUUGCCUGAAUGGGCCGUAUAUUUACGAUGGGAUUGCGUUUGUCCUAAGUAACACAAAGAACAUUAAUAGUGUUAGACUUUUUCGAAUAUUAUUAUAACUAUUAAAAUGUAUUGUAAAUUUUAUUUUUAAAUUUUAGAUAUAGAAAGUAUUUAGUUAUAAA